AUGUCGCUUCUCCCGCUCAUCGGAUGGGCAGUGCUACCCGGCUACGCCACAUCAUUCCUCCAAAACGUCUACUAUGGCCUCACAAUUCGCGCCGGGGAUCCCAAACCAAUGCCCCAAACGCCCCGCUUCGAAACUCACCGCCGUCGCAUCUUCAUCCUCGUCAUCGUCAGCUACCUCCUCUACACCCUCUAUGAAACCUUCCACCAAGUACAAGUUGCAGGCAACUACUACACCCUAUUGGACGUAACACCUUUCGACAGCGACAAGACAAUCCAGUCCAAGUUCCGCCGCCUCGCCGCGCGCUACCACCCCGAUAAAAUCGGCCACCAAGAUGGAGCCGACAUCCUCUUCAUGCUCCUCCGCCAGGCGGAAGAAACCCUCCUCGACCCAGUGCAGCGCUUCGCCUACGAUCGCUUCGGCCCCGACGCCCUAAAAUGGGGCGGCCAGUUGAAGACCACGCAGGAGUUCUUCAUGAUCUCGCUCACCCGCCUGGUGUUGCCGCAGUACGUGUUGUCACUGGGCGCAAUGUUGGUCCUGAACUGGCUCUGGUGGGGAGGAUUUGGACGCUACUGGCGCUUCUUUUCCCUCGCCGCCAUGGUCGUCCUCGAAUUAGCCUUGAUCACGCGGCCCCGCGCCGUCUUCAUGCCCGCAGCUUAUCUCCCUCCAGCACUGAGCGCCUGGCUACCGGCGCAAUCAUUCCACCUCCUCCCAUUCCAAAUCCUGACGAUCGCGCGCCGCGUCUCAAUCACGAUCCACAUCUUCAUUUCGCAAAUCGCUCCAAAGGCCCAGGCCCAGGCCCAGGUCCCGAACGGCGUCUCCCCGCAGACGAUGCAGCAGGUGGUGAAGCUGGUGCAGACGGCGCAGCAGACGGAUCUGGAAGCUACGCGGUCGCUUCAGCUGGCUCAGGCGCCGUUCCGCGGCGAUCGCGAGACUGUUUCUGGGUUGCGGCGCGGGAUGCAGGAGGCUCUUGUUUUGGCCGGGGUGCGGUCGAGUCCCGGGGUGCAGCAGGCUGUUGGGGAGGUUAUUCAGCGGCGACAGGCUAAGAUUAAUGCUGGGGAUGGUGGUGGGGACGGGGAUGGGGAUGGGUCUUCGUAG